GCAAGUUAUGGAGUCGAAGCUUGAAGUUAGCGUAUACCCUGCUAAACAAGCUAACCACUAAGAAUGAAUCACUGCUGAAGCCUGGAGACCGGGUAGCUCUCGUAUUUCCUAAUAGUGAUCCAGUUAUGUUUAUGGUGGCAUUUUAUGGAUGUCUCCUGGCAGAACUUAUUCCUGUCCCAAUAGAAGUUCCACUAACAAGAAAGGAUGCUGGCAGCCAGCAGAUUGGAUUUCUUUUGGGCAGCUGUGGAGUAACACUAGCUUUAACCACUGAUGCCUGUCAAAAAGGCCUUCCUAAAGCUCAGACUGGCGAGGUGGUUACAUUCAAAGGGUGGCCUCGUCUCAUUUGGUUUGUGAUUGAUGGGAAGCAUCUGGCAAAACCAACUAAGGACUGGCAUCCGCAAGUACGGGAUGCCAGUGCUGAGAUUGCUUAUAUUGAGUACAAAACAAGUAAAGAGGGCAGCACAGUGGGCGUUACUAUAUCUCAUGCUUCCAUGCUGGCACACUGUCAUGCAUUGACUCAGGCAUGUGGUUAUUCAGAAGCUGAAACACUAACAAAUGUCUUGGAUUUCAAAAGAGAUGCUGGCCUUUGGCAUGGAGUAUUAACAAGUGUUAUGAACAGGAUGCAUGUCAUCAGUAUUCCCUAUGCAUUAAUGAAGGUUAAUCCACUUUCCUGGAUACAGAAAGUCUGCUCAUACAAAGCCCAUGUAGCAGUAGUAAAAUCACGUGAUAUGCACUGGUCACUUUUGGCUCAGAGGGAUCAGAGAGAUGUCAGUCUGAGCUCUUUACGAAUGUUAAUAGUGGCAGAUGGAGCUAAUCCAUGGUCAAUAUCUUCCUGUGAUGCAUUCCUGAAUGUAUUUCAGUCCAGAGGUUUGAGACCAGAAGUAAUCUGUCCCUGUGCUAGUUCUUCAGAGGCACUAACUGUUGCUAUUCGCAGACCUCCAGAAUUGGGUGGGCCUCCUCCAGGAAAAGCAGUGUUAUCUAUGAAUUGUCUGAGUUUCAGCGUGAUAAGAGUCGAUACAGAAGAGAAGUUGUCGGUGUUAACAGUACAGGAUGUUGGUCAGAUUAUGCCUGGAGCAAAUGUCUGUGUUGUGAAGGUGGAUGGGACUCCUUAUCUGUGUAAAGCCGAUGAGGUUGGGGAAAUAUGCGUGAAUUCAGGUGCAACUGGGAUGGCAUAUUUCGGGCUCCUCGGAAUCACCAAGAGUGUGUUCGAG